CUUCCGGGCUUUUGCCGCUUGCUGGGACUGUAUUCCCGACUUCGAUCACCUUAAAGUCGUAAUGCUCCGCGCACCUCGUACUAUCGUCCAACAGUCUGUCCUAAUCAUAAUUAGAGUAUCUCAGAGAUGCAGAAUCUUCAGUGUUUCCCAAAGACAAUCUUUUACCCACACAUUGACCUUGCGGCAUCUCGUCAAACCAGCCAGGGCUGACGAUGGGCGAGAAAGUUGCCCCAGUCCCUGUUCUAGACAGGGAAGAGGACAUAGAUGCACCUCCAAUUACCACUCUUGAGGAGACUAGAGAGCGUUGGAACGGAACUCGCAUCAAUACUUACCGCUUUUUCGUCACCUGUUGGAGCUUCAUCAUAAUGGGCAUGAACGACGCCGCUGUCGGUGCCCUGAUUCCUUAUGUAAGUUCACGGAAACCUUCAAUUCCCAUUAGUAGCAUGAGCCUGACGUUGGGGGCUCAGAUCGAAACGUACUACAACAUCACGUACACCGUUGUCGCCCUACUCUUCCUCUCACCAUUCAUUGGCUACCUGGUGGCAGCCCUAUCCAACAACCUCAUACAUCACAAGCUCGGUCAGCGAGGCGUUGCAGUACUCGGCCCUAUCAGCCGCAUGAUCGGUUACAUCCCUCUCGUCUCUCAUCCACCUUACCCAGUCCUCCCUGUCGUCUUGCUCUUCGCCGGCUUCGGAAACGGCCUCGAAGACAGCGCCUGGAACGCCUGGGUCGGCAACAUGCAGAAUGCCAACGAGUUGCUUGGGUUUCUUCACGGUGCAUAUGGCCUGGGCGCGACCAUCGGCCCCCUAGUUGCCUCCGCCAUGGUAACUAAGGGCAAGCUGCCGUGGUACUCCUUCUACUACGUCAUGAUUGGUGUCACCGCGGUGAACUUCGUGGCCGCCAUCACGGCGUUCUGGGGCGCAACUGGCAAGAUACAUAGGGACACCCACCAGUCUUCGACGGGAGAGAAGAGAACGACGACCAUGACCGUAGUGCGUCAGCCACUUACCUGGCUUCUGGCUUUGUUUCUGUUGGGCUAUGUUGGAGCAGAAGUCAGCCUGGGCGGGUGGGUUGUUACCUUUAUGCUUCGCGUGAGGCACGCUGAGCCCUUCUUGGCUGGCGUCACCGUGGUGCUUUUCUGGCUGGGACUGACGAUAGGACGAGUCAUUUUGGGCUUCAUAACGGGGCGCAUAGGAGAGAAGCGCGCGAUCGCAAUCUACCUUCUCAUCUCACUCGCCCUCGAAUUGCUCUACUGGCUAGUUCCCAACUUUGUCGCCUCCGUUAUCUUCAUCACGUUCCUCGGCUUCUUCCUCGGCCCCCUGUUCCCCGCCGUCAUCGUUACCGCGACCAAAUUGCUCCCCAACGACUACCAUGUGGGCGUGAUUGGAUUUGCUGCUGCCUUUGGCGGCGGUGGCGCAGCUAUCUUCCCAUUUGCCAUUGGGGCCAUCGCCCAGAGCAAAGGCGUUCAAGUGCUACAGCCAAUCAUCCUGGCCCUUCUAAUAUUUCUUUUACUACUGUGGCUUUGCGUCCCCGGUGGAUUCAAGAGAGGCGGGCUCGAGAGGGCAAGAGAGAACAAGGAGGGCCUUGGUAGCGAUGUCAAGAGUAUAUUUUCGUCAAUGAAGCAACUGCUUCGAGGCCGAGGCUAAUCCUCCAUUGAAUGAACGUAUUCCCCUACUAUGAAGUCCCGAUGUUUUUAUGCAGAUGGCCCACAACUGGCGAACUACUGCCAGGUGCG